GCGCGUGUCCGGGCCGGGGGUGUGUCUCCUCGCUCGCUGGCUGGCGGGCUGCGCCGCGCCUGUGUUUGCUCCCUUCCCGGGCGGGGGAAUCCGGGCCGGGUUGUGUCCGCGGCCGCGUACGUGAGCGCAGUGUCCCGGAGAGGGAGGGCCGGCCGGCCAGACACAGCAGUGUCGCCAGCAUGCUGUCCCGACGCCUUGGUAAGCGCUCCCUCUUGGGAGCCCGGGUGUUGGGACCCAGUGCCUCAGAGGUGCCAUUGGGGACCAGCCUGCCCUUGGAGCCACAGGCAGAAGUGCCAGAGGGAGCCACUCCCCAGCCCUUACUCACCUCUAAGGACCCUGUGUGCCAGGAACAGCCCAAGGAGGUCCUCAAGACUCUGGGUACCUCAGGCCUCCCACAGGUGGCCUUUCAGCCUGGACAGAAGGUUUGUGUGUGGUAUGGAGGUCAGGAGUGUGUGGGCCUCGUGGAGCAGCAUGACUGGGCAGAGGACAAGGUGACAGUCUGGCUACUGGACCAGAAAUUACAGAUCUGCUGCAAAGCGGAGGAAGUGUGGCUGGCAGACCUCCAGGGUGCCAUAUCCCAUGUGCCAGCCCUGGAACCCAGAGUCCAGGUGCCAGCCUACAGACCAGUGUCUAGGAACAUCGACGUUCCAAAGAGGAAGUCGGAUGCGGUGGAGAUGGACGAGAUGAUGGCGGCAAUGGUGCUGACGUCUCUGUCCUGCAGCCCUGUCGUGCAGAGUCCUCCUGGGGCUGAAGCCAACUUCUCUGUUUCCCGAGCAGCUUGUGGUGACCCAUGGAAGGACAGCGGCGACGUGUCAGAUAGUGGCAGCAGCACCACCAGUGGGCACUGGAGCGGCAGCAGUGGCAUCUCCACUCCCUCACCGCCCCACCCUCAGGCCAGCCCCAAGUACCUGGGGGACGCCUUUGGGUCCCCCCACACGGAUCAUGGCUUUGAGACGGAUCCUGAUCCCUUUCUGUUGGAUGAACCAGCUCCACGAAAGAGGAAGAACUCCGUGAAGGUGAUGUACAAGUGCCUAUGGCCCAGCUGUGGCAAAGUUCUGCGCUCAAUCGUGGGCAUCAAACGACACGUCAAAGCUCUCCAUCUGGGGGACACUGUGGACUCUGAUCAGUUCAAGCGGGAGGAGGAUUUCUACUACACAGAAAUGCAGAUGAAGGAAGACUCUGCUGUGGCUGGGCCUCCCACCGCCGGGACACCCACCACUGAGCCAGUGACCACCUCUCGUGUGACCGGCUCGUCCCCUGCUGCUCUUUCACUGCCUCCACCCAAAGUCCAGUCCUCUGGCCCAGAACACCCCAGCGUGGAGUCUUCCCUGCCCUCAGUUGCACUCAGCAAGUCAGCUCCUGGCUCCUUCUGGCACAUUCAGGCUGACCACGCUUACCAGGCUCUGCCGUCCUUCCAGAUCCCUGUCUCCCCCCACAUCUAUACCAGCAUCAGCUGGGCUGCUGCCCCCACCACCACCUCCCCUCUCUCUCCGGUCCGGAGCCGGUCACUCAGCUUCAGUGAGCCGCAGCAACCGCCACCAGCAGCAAAGUCUCACCUGAUUGUCACCUCUCCACCCCGGGCUCAGAGCAGCACCAGGAAAGCUCGUGGCGAGGCCAAGAAGUGCCGUAAGGUGUAUGGCAUCGAGCACCGGGACCAGUGGUGCACAGCCUGCAGGUGGAAGAAGGCCUGCCAGCGCUUCCUGGACUGAGCAGCCGUUACCCACCCUGCUCCUUUCCCGUGACCGUGACCGGCAGCAGGGAGGCCCCCAGGCCUGCAGCCACCAGCAGAACACUGACGCAGAGUGGAUCCGGGCAGCUGGGGCUCUGUUGGCUAAGGUGUAACACUUAAAAACACUUUUUUCCCCUUGUGGGAGCGUUUUAUUU